AGCUAUAAACAAACGCUCUUGCCUUCAGAAAACGGUGAAGCGUUUAGAAGGGAGUAAUUCUUGGUGUUCGGCCGCCGUUGGUACAGUCUCCCUCAAGCGUUAUUAUUCAACGGCUUCAGGAUUAUACGGUCAACACUGCCGUGACAACUGAAACGUGAAAACUGGUAUUAUGUCUCAGUUGAUUGAAAAAUCAAAAUUGCAGAUUUUUGACCAUGUAUUUCUGAAGAUGGGAUGCUUGUUUGGUCACAUGGCUGAAGGACGCGGCUGUGUUGAAUCAGUAACAUUAGUGGCGAGGCUCCUGAUUCACACAGAUACCAAAACAGGAGCUCGACUUCCUCUAGACUAGAGACUGACACUAAAUACAGGGGCCUCAUGUCUGAUCUGACCGAGCACAAGGCACACUGCUGGGGAUAAAACUUCUCCAGCGAAGAAAGGACGAGUGUCAAUCAGUCAGCUGCAAUGUCAGGAAAAGCUCAAAGCGGUUACUCCUACGAGUUCUGCGAUGCCUCUCACUCCUCCGAGGUGCUGGAAGCUCUUCAUGAGUUUCACAGCAGCGGUCUGUUCACGGACGUCACCCUGCAGUCUUCAUCCGGACAGCUCUUCCACUGCCACAAGGCUGUGCUAUCAGCCCGCAGCUCCUAUUUCAAGGUAAUGUUCACCUUAGACAUGAGAGAACGUUUGGACGACACCAUCAACCUGCCUUGCAUAAACAGAGAGAUUCUGGGUGCUUUGGUGAGCUACAUCUACACUUCAAAGAUCAGCAUAACCCAGAACAACGUCCAAAGUCUCCUGGAAGCCGCAGACCUGUUGCAGUUCAUCUCGCUCAAGAAAGCCUGCGAGAGCUUCUUGAUUCGUCUGCUGGACGUCGAUAACUGCCUCGGGAUGCACUCGUUCGCCGAGCUUCACGUGUGCUCUGAUUUGCAGCGCGAGGCUUUGAGGAUCAUACUGAGUCGCUUUGAAGAACUCACACUUCAGGAGGAGUUCCUAGAGGUGGAUUUCCAAAAGCUACGGAUGAUAUUAGCUACAGAAAACCACAGUGUGUGGAAAGAAGCAACUUUAUUGGACGCGGUGGUCAAAUGGGUCGCCCAUGACACGGCUCCUCGAAUAGACCACCUUCAGGAGCUUCUCAACUGCAUCCAUCUCGACGUGGAUGAUGCUUACCUCAAAACUGCUUUGGAUCUUCGCAGACACUGCUCUGAAAACAAACUGCGAUCUUCAAUUCUCGCCUCCUUAAAGCCGAGCAAAGGUUUCUCACAGUGCUGCAAAAAACUAACGUGCAGCUUGUAUGUCAUUGGUGGAUAUUACUGGCAUCCGUUGUGUGAAGUCCACACGUGGGACCCUGUUUCCGACACAUGGGUUCAGGGCAAAGACAUGCCUGAUUUUGAAAGAGAGAGUUAUAGCGUGGCACUUCUAGGCCCUGAUAUCUACGUGACUGGAGGAUACAGGACACAGACUGUGGAUGCUUUAGACACUGUGUGGAUUUAUAACACUGACUCGGAUGAAUGGACAGACGGAUGUCCCAUGAUCACAGCCAGAUACUACCACUGCUCCGUGGCUCUACGUGGAUGCAUAUACGCCAUUGGUGGAUAUACGGCAGGAGCUCCUACGCAAGAAACUGAAUUCUAUGAUCCCUUGAAGAAGAGAUGGUUUCCUGUGGCUGAUAUGAUACAAGGUGUGGGAAAUGCAACUGCUUGCGUGGUGAAAGACAGAGUCUAUGUAACCGGAGGGCAUUAUGGGUACAGAGGAACCUGCACUUACGAGAAGAUUCAGACUUACCGGCCAGAUAUCAAUGAGUGGAGCAUCACAACGAUGUGUCCACAUCCCGAGUAUGGCCUUUGCUCGGUGUCCUUGAACAACAAGCUUUAUCUGGUCGGAGGUCAGACCACCAUCAUAGACUGCUAUGAUCCCGAGCGAGAUGAGUGGAGACAGAUGUGUGCGAUGAAGGAGAGAAGGAUGGAGUGCGGAUCAGCCGUUAUAAACGGGUGCAUCUAUGUAGCAGGUGGGUAUUCAUACUCUAAAGGGACGUAUCUGCAGAGUAUAGAGAGGUACGACCCCGAGAUGGACUGCUGGGAGAUUGUGGGAAACCUCCCAUCAGCUGCACGCUCACACGGCUGUGUUUGUGUGUUCAGCGUGUGAAAUCAGUCUGUGGAGCCACUUCCAGUGAGGUCUAAAAGUCUGAGACCACUUUUAUUAAUUUAAACAUGAAAUGAGAGCAAAUGUUUUAAAGUGAA